CAGUGUAGACCGUGUACACGCUGGUGUGUGACGAACACGAACGCGGUGGCGACGACGACGACUACGAGGACGUCGACGAACGCUUCGGUUCACAGGGCCGCACUCACAGACAGCCGCGCACGCCGGAACGUCACAAGCCGGGAGGACGUAGGGGAGGACCCCCCCACCACCCCCCCGCCAACCGCUCUCUCUCACUCCCUCUCUCACUACACGCUACGCUAACCGCGUCGGCGACUUCGUUGUGCUUGCGACGUCGUCUGGGAGCCAAGACGCGCGCCGCUCUUGGAAGAACUGUCGUGCUGCGGCGGCGGCGGAAGGCUGCCGGCGUCCUCGACAAGGUUUCUCCCGGUGCCUCGUUGCCGACAAGCUGUGUCUACGACAACGCGCGGGAUUGUAGAAGAGCCGAAGACCGGAGCCUUGAAAUUCGAGCCCCCCACUCGGAAGUCUUUCGUCACCAACUGGACUUCCGCGGUAAAGACCACCGAGAUCUCUUCGCGACCUUCGAGAACGUCCCAAACCAGUGCCGCUGGGUGACUCCGAAUACAGUGCUCUUUCGGGAAAAGCACCGGCGUACCCGAUACCUGUGGAGCAUUGCGCCGCUAGGCUAUAACAGGACCUUUACGGUGCCAAGCGCACCGGUGUCAAGGAGAUUCUCCAACGUCCGGCUGUGCUAAGGUGAUGAGACAGUUGAGCUAGGCCAAGGAGAACUGUGUUUCAAAGGCUCCGGUUCUGUCAUUCCCGGGUCGUCGAGUAUUUCGGGCCGUUGCCGUGAGCCGCACGGUGAUCCACCGACACCACCGAGUUUUACGCGCAGCGUGCCGCCCUAUACGCACCGGCGCAGACAGGACCGUCAGAGAAGGACGAAAGCUGACCUUGACCUUCGCACCAACCCGGCUGCCCGAGCGUAGUAUGAGCGCCCGCAGUGAAGAAGCCGAGAUCUAGGACUGCGUGUUCGAGGUUGCGUAAAAUGAGCGCGAAAGCAAUUAGUCGCGCUUCGCCCGCAUAGAAGCCAAGUCCGGCAGGAAACAAAUAAAGAAGAAGCAGACGGUCGGCCCUUUCAGUAAACUACACCGGUGGAAGUGAGCUCGCUCAGCUCUCUACAUAUCUUGCCUUCUGUGCGAGGUUGGAGCCCAGCAGGUAGGAGUGAAUAGGGGCUUGUCAGUUCCGCCAGGCGACGAAAGAAUCAACUGGAGCAGAGAAUCGCGUCCAGAGCUCUAGAUUUCCCCUAUUCGAAGGCAGACCGAAAUUGUACCUCGUUCGCACACAGUGAAUCUUGUUGCACCGAAAAAAAAUCAGAGCGAGAAAAUCGCAGACGUUCUGUAAACUUCUAAACCGAAACGUCUAGAGGCGUUCUGGGGCGAUACAGCUAUACAACGUUUCGUAUUGCUUUGUGAAUCCGUCCAUGCUCCGUCGACGGAGCCUUGCGCGCAGACUUGAAGACAAACAACCACACUUCUCCUUUGUGACAAUUCGUGCGUCAAGAAGCGAGGAGGCAAGCAGUUCACGAAGGCACACUGGUAUGCUGGUUAGGUUUGCGAAAUAACUGAAGUUGGGCAUAGCUGAGCCUGGAGGGUCUUCAGAAAAUUGAACUGUGAAGGAAAGCCCGACACCAACCCCAAACGACACUCAAGGACAGCAUCUGUUUGUUUAGAGGUGAAGUGUGUCCGUCCCCAAAGUGACAACCGUUGAUAACUGGAUCGCGAUCGACUGACGGCCUACGCGACGUUCUUGUGACGCAUACGUGCAUUGUCAUGGCAUCCGGCAGUGUGUCUGAGGAAAGUGCCAGGGUCGUUCCUUGAACAACACGGACCACCACGACCAUCCUGUGCCAACGAAAGUCGCACCCAGCUAUAAAACACUGUGAGGCAUGGCUGCCCACGGAUACCGGCACUCGGAGGUCUAUAGACUACUACUCCUAUUGGCCCUGCUCCCGGGACCAGCGCUGACGCUGCCUGCGUCUACACCGACGCGGCAGAGAGCGCCAGCCCGGGCCCCCGAGAUCCGGAGUGGCGGACCUGCCGAGUUCCGCGAAGCUCGGGGUCCUUGGAGCACGCUCUACUUUUACGCGCGGAAGCGGAAGGAGAUUGCACGGGCACCGGCCCUGCAGGAGGUGGCCAAGGUGCCCAAGGAGGCCAAGAAGAAGGCCGACGCCAGCAGCACGGACCGCACCUCGACAGCGCAGCAGCCGAGGCACUGGACCAUGGAAGAGCCGACGCCGUCACCGGUUACAACUACGACGACAACGACGCCGCCGACGACGAGGGACUACUCGGGUCUCUACAUCUCGCCUCCCAUCAUGGUCCUGGACGGCAACGGAGAACGGGACAACACUCGCGUCGUCCACGACGUCCUCGUGGUUAAGAACCGCCCGUCCCGACGUCCUUCAACGCUGAGACCUCCCGGAGGCUCCAACCUGGCCCAGUCCAUCAUCAGGAGACCGCCGCCCUUCUGGGCAGGCACCGCCGUGCCGUCGGGCUACGGCGUCUCUCACGCCGUGCUCAUGAACAACCACCGUCCCCCAUCCGCGUCGUCGGCCUUCAAGAGACCCUACCCGGGCGUAACCUCCAUCCACAUCUACCCGCUGACCACCGCGCCCUCGACGACCACGUCGGCGUACCCGCCGCAGGGAACCAUCGCGUCGGUGCCGCUCUCCGUGUACGACACGGUGGCCAACACGACUAUCGUGCACCAGAACAUCAUCACCCUGUCCAAGCCGACCUACUCUUCUUCGUCCUCUUCGUCUUCGCAGUCUCAGACGACCACGUCUUCUACGCCUUACAUGGAAGAAGAAGACUACGGCACCACGACGGAAGCGAUGACGGAAUCCACCGAGGUUUCCUCGCCGUCUUCGCCGUCGAGACCCUCGACGACCGAGCCGAUGCCGGACUGGGCCCUCCAGCACCAGCACCAUCACCGACCCGUGGUCACGACGUCGCCCCCAUCGUCCAGUCUCGUGGCGCCCAUCGGUUCCAUGCCCGGAAUCCUGGGUCCCAUCGGCAACCUGAUGCAGAAGUUUCCUACCGGAUCGCUAUCCAUGUUUCAGAACAUCGGACGUGUCAUGGCCGUGCUCCCGACGAUGCUGGCCGCGUUCCUUCUCACGGCGCUCCUCUUCGUGUGAGUGCUAUGGGGGUCGAUGGGCCUGGUCGCCGCAAGGUAAAGCUGUAGUCGCUGACCACCCUCAAUAGCAUCGGUAAGCAUGCAGGCAGCUCAAUGGCGGACAAUUAAGUGGCUACUCUGCUCGUCCUAUUGGCGUGUUCCACUCGUCAAGCACCUCCGACGAUCCUGCCCUGAAGAAACACCCGACGUUUUGUGUGACCCAAUCAAGUGCACCUUCGUGCUGUUGGAGUGUCUAUCCUUGUUAACUUAUGACGUGUGUGUGCAGCUGAGUUCCGCGUGCCUGGAAAGGAUUACCUCACACUGCGACGCGGUCAGCCAAACCAGUGCCCUACGGGAGACUAGGAGGAGACGUGAUAGACCCCAGCGACCAUACAUGACACCCGGCUGGACUUGGAUGACCGAGAGUGUCGCGGUUUCUGUGCGUUCAAGCGCAGCCUAUAGCGUGUGUAAACGAUUGCGUUUAAUUGGCUACGCGAUAUCGCUACAAAGGUAUAUUGGCGGGCAGAUCGAAACCGGCACUUAGACGUGGAUUAGGGUUAUCCUUGGCGCAGCUUGACUGAGAAUACUAUGUUGAAGCGAAUUAAUGAAUGAUGCUUAUCUUUGCGCCUACCACGCCAUCAGAUGAGUAGGAUAAUAAUGCAGACUUAUAUGACGCUGGGCCACGACCUUUUAACUCACACCAAAUUGUCAGCAUAGAGUUCUACUCGCGAAUGAUUUUGGUUAUUAAGAACCACCUUGCCUCGAAGUUAGGUUUUCAGUCGUAAUUCCGGCUGUUAUCUAUAGCUAUACGUAAAUUUACACGCGCUGGAACAGCACAAGGAGUUGGGCCAAUACAAGCUUAGAGUAAUGGCACAUUGUCAGUACACAGUAUCACAUUGGCCCAGCAUGGCACCACUACGGCCCACAUUCAGCGACAUAAAUCUGACAUGGAAAUACAUUGGACAAAGAUUAGACCGCUUUGGCCCUGCAUCGAGCCACAUAGGCCUGACAUGGAAUUACGCUGACCCAAUGUGAGACCACUUUGGCUCUACAAUGAGUCACACCGGUCUGACAUAAAAUUACAUCGGCCCAACGUGAGACCGCUUUGGCUCCGGCCACGAAGACCUUAUAUGAAAUAGCAUCGGCCAAACAUGGAAUCACAUUCGUCCAGGAUAGAGAUACGUUGGCGCCGCAUAAAUUUAUAUUGGCUCGACACGUGGACACAUUGGCUCUACCUUUAAACCACGUUAUCAAUGCAAGAGAGCAUAUUAGCCCUAAGUGGAUUUACAUUGGCCCAACGCGAUACAUAAUUGUCCCCAUUUCCAGUAACUCUUGAGAUCUUUCUCGCGUUCACCGCACUCGCUGCCACACAUUUCGCGAAGCUGUCUGCUGACAGCGCAUUUAGGCCAUGAGAGUACAUUGGCAGAGGUAAGGCGUGUGAUCACUCGCUAUUAAUUCCUCAGAAGUUGAGCUUGUGCCGCUACGAUGCGAUAUUUGUUACUCAAGGCACGGCUUCGAGCUUUCUUCGGACACAGUAGUGACAAUAAAACAAAGGUAACAGGCGCCAUGUAGUGUACAGUGAAGAAUAGUUCCUACGAAAUCCUCUGGCCGUAUAGCUUUGCUGAGUUCCCGAAAUGUACAUUUUUACAGCUCAAGGAAGGCAGCACACAAAGAAUCGGCUUCGCGUCGCGUACCUGUGAGAGAUAGGGUGGGCAGCUGCUAAGAAGAAUGACGUUCUCUUUCGAGACAUGUAGCUAGUUCAUUACCGUACAUAGCGCUCAUGUUAAGGACGUGGGCUCGCGAGUGGUCUAUGUCUACGACACAUAUGUGACGUCCUCAGUUAUUAAUUUAUUACCUCAUUCACGCUAAUACUCCGAGGCCUGUAGCGCUACGUCUAUUUCAGAUCGCCACAUUUACUGAAAGCGAGUGUUUCUUUAUGCCAUGUUCUUUAGGACACUCAAUUUAUUAAACACCGAUACUCGCGGUAUUGCAUCUAUCUCUUUCUUGAAGGGCAAGAGCACAUUGUCCAUAUCACAUAAGCUAAGGUACUCAUUAAGACAACUAUUUACCUUCAGUUACCAACAAUGAAAUGUGACUGAAACAAACUGUACGAGAGCUGGACUCUCAACAAAAGUAGACAAUCCAGCCAAACCGCAUGUCCGCACGGCGUACUUAACUAAACUAUUCGCUGAGGUGGUAUCCAAUGAAACGGUACCUCGCUACGUUUACCGCGACCCGUUUCGCGAAGCACUAAGUUUAUACAGGCGUGACUAUCAGGGGAGUAAAUGCGACCAAUUGGUCCCAGGCCUCAAUCGGAAAACCUAAUCAGUGAGACGUGUCACGUAUAGACGCAGCACCAACUCUGAACGCUGUCCAGGCUCAGCCAUCCGCCGCGUACGUUCGUGCCCGAACACUCAGCAAACCCCUAAACCGACCUGCGAUGCGAUAUUUGUAGUGUGUAUGUGUAGUGCUGCUACGCUGGGCGUCGUUUCCAGCACGAACACCUGCAAAGUCUUCGCUCUAUUUAAAAAGCCAAUAAAAGACAUUCUCUUACGUGAA